CUAACGUGUCAGUUUGGUAUUGGACAGCCCCCACCGACUUCAUCAGCUUCGGCGAGAUGCUCAUCGACUUCGUCCCCACCGAGUCCGGCGUCUCCCUCGCCGAGGCUCCAGGUUUCCUCAAAGCUCCCGGCGGCGCUCCGGCUAUCGUCGCCAUCGCCGUUUCUCGCUUCGGUGGACGAUCCGCCUUCGUCGGAAAACUCGGCGACAACGAGUUCGGCGACAUGUUAGCUGGGAUCCUGAGGAAAAACGGCGUCGCUGAUCAGGAGUUUAACUUCGAUACCGGAGCCAGAACCGCCUUGGCGUUCGUGACGUUGAAGGCCGACGGUGAUCGGGAAUUUAUGUUUUACCGGAAUCAUAGCGCCGAUAUGUUGCUCUGUCCCGAUGAACUCAACCUCGAGCUCAUCAGAUCGGUUAUGAUGAAGAUCAGAAGAGAGAAGCUUCAAGAGAAAGCAAGGAUGGAGGGAAGGAUGAAACUCAGAUGGUAGUAUCUGAAUUUAGCUUCACAUGAUCACACCAAUUCUACUUCGUUUAGCCUUUUAUCUGAUCUAGCAGAAGUCUCUGUUUUGAAGGAACUUGACUUUUACUCAUGCACCGUUUUGACUUGUUAGUAGUGUUCGAGUUAUGGGUUUGAGUUCAAGUCUUUUCCUAGUACAAUGAUCUUUUUAUUGUUUGACUCUUGGUUUUUGU